GAUAACACGAUCGCCAGUACUAGUGAUCACGUCAACGCAAGAGGACAGAAUAUCAGCGAGCAGAGACACUAUGAAGACGGCACGCUGCAGCCUCUUAAUCGUUCUAUUGUGGAUCAAUUGCUUUCUUAUCAGCACGAUUCGAUGUGACGACGACAAAUCGUUUUCCGUUUCCGAUGAAGACUCACUUCCCGAUGACACCGAAGAGCAUGACCGACAGGUUGGUGAGAAUCUGGUUUCGGCGCAGCUGUUCGCCAUCAUCGAUCUGUACAAGCAAGAAGAUCCUGUCGGGCUACCAGGUGCAACAGUGCCAGAUCCUAUGCCCAUUCCAGAAAUCAAACAAUCUUUUUCGAUUGCGAAGAUGCACAUGAAAAAUGUACUGGCCUACGGGUUAUCGAAGUUUCGUAUCAAGCUGCUUAAGACUGAGCUACAUACGAUGAAAAUCCAAACUGGAGUACAGAUUGAUGAAAUGUUAGUUAAGGGCAAUUACACCAUGAGCACGUUCUUCAAUCGAGCGGAAGGUCCUUUCACCGUAGUGUUAAAAAAUGUGAUGACGAAGGGAAACGUGUCGCUUGGUGUCGAACGGGAUGGCAAGGUUCGAACGCAGGAUAUCAGUCUUGAUAUCGCCUUCGACGAUAUGUCAAUGGAUUUCCAGAAUUUAGGCUUCAUGGGUAGUAUUUUUCAAAGUGUGGUAAAUUCUGCAUCCAAUCUGGUCUUUGAUACCAUCAAACCUUUUAUGCUAAGUGAAGCAUACUCCAAAAUUCGAGCCGAGAUUGACACUCGGGUGGAAAAUAUGACCACGGAGAAUAGUAUCUUGUUCCCCAACUCUAUAUCUCCGUUGGACAUGGCAAUCGGGGAAGCGCGUACGCUUGUUCGCAAUAAGAAAUUCGAUCCAUACCUUAUUCCGGACUACAACACUACUGCCGGGAUAUUCGGGAUGCAUACGGCACAUACCUGGAUUAAGGGAAUUUCCAGCUUUUAUCGAUACGGCACUAUUGGAAUAACCAUGCAAAAUAAUACGGUGGCGCUAACGAUGCAGGUGGGCACACAGAGAAUCAUGGGAUCUACCCAGUGGGAGGUUUCUGUAGGACGUGGUAUGAUUAGUCGAGCCGGUCAAGCCCAAUUCACCGUAGAGCAUAUUAAGGUUGCAUUCGAAGUACAACAACCCUUGGAUCUACGUAAAAAACCGAAGCUGAGUGAUAUCCAAUUAGAGUUGGGAAAUAUUCAAGUUCGUUGUGAUGGAGCGGGAACACUGGAUUAUAUCGUGGAAGCAGUGGUAAAUAUUUUGCCGAACAUAUUGCGCUAUCAGAUCAUGGAUGCCAUCGAGAAUCCGCUCAAGAUUCGUAUUCAGGAAAAGCUGGAUUGUAUCAAUGUGGAGCAGAUGAUCAAAAAGCAUGUGGUUGAAUAUGAGAAGCAUGGAUUAGAUAUGGAAAUCAAUUUUAAGAUUUGUUAGUCCAAAGGUAAACAAUUACAACAAAUUUUAUGUGCGGUAUGUUCGUGAAUCUUUUUGAUUAUAGCUUAAGCUCUGUUUAAAAGUUCGUAUCAAGUUUUCCGUAAGCUUCAGAAAUUUAUUAUUUACCAAUAAACAAAGUAUAAGGUACAGCUGGUCUCGAUACCACCGGUCA